ACUGCCAACUCCCCAGGCAGGAUGGGGACAGGCAGGGGGACCCGAAUACCACUAUGGAUACUAAGAUCAUCUUAAGCCAUCAGAAAGUACAUGCCCAGUUUGAUUAUCAGCAAUCCCAGUACGAGGACCAGCAAUCCCAAUAUGUGGACCAAGAGCCUUUCCCUCCUGAUGAGCAGCAAGUGCAGCAGACACAUGACUAUUUUACCACAUUAGCUCCCUCAAGCCCUGUGAGCAUGAUCCCUGCAUUGAGAACAACAAUGGUUAUCAAGACUGGAAACUCAGCUCAUAAUCAUAGAGUGUGUAGCACUUGGGGCAAUUUCCACUUCAAGAUUGAUGGAGAUAUCUAUCAGUUUCCUGGACUCUGCAAUUAUGUCUUUGCAUCCCACUAAAUCUCUUAUGAAGACUUCAAUGUGCAAAUUAGACACUUGGUGGUUGAGAAUGUUACUGUUAUAAGCCAUGUGGUUUUAAAACUUGAUGGAGUAGCUGUUGAACUGACCCCUAAUUCCAUUACUGUCAACGGAGAACCGGUUCAGCUGCCUUACAGCCACUUAGGAAUUAUGAUGGAGAGAAUCUCGGGUUAUCUUAAGGUCCAUGGGAAAUUAGGAGUCACCAUGAUGUGGAAUCAAAUGGAUAGCCUUUUGCUGGAACUAAAUGAAAAAUAUGCUAAUCAAACUUGUGGCCUUUGUGGGGAUUUCAAUCAAAUCGCUAUCUACAAUGAAUUCAUUUCCAACAAUGUCCAGCUGACACCUUUGCAGUUUGGAAACAUGCAGAAGAUGGACGGACCCACAGAACAAUGCGAAGAUCCUGUCCCUUUACCUGGAGGCCAAUGCAACCAGGAGGCUACCACUCUGUGCCAAAAUAUACUGACUGGUAAUUCAUUUGAAGCUUGCAAUGCAUUGGUUGAUGUGCGUGACUACAUUGAUGCUUGCAUACAAGACUUAUGCCAAUGUGAUCAGUCUGUGACUGAAGUCUGCAUCUGUAACACCUUUGCUGAGUACUCCAGGCAAUGCUCCCAUGCUGGUGGACAACCACUUGAAUGGCACAACGAUUUCUGUCCCACGUCUUGUCCUUUCAACAUGCAGCAUCGAGAAUGUGGAUCCCCGUGUUUCGACACUUGUACCAAUUCUGAGCAGUAGUUAUGUGAAGAUCACUGUAUAGAUGGGUGUUUCUGUCCCCCGGUAAUUAUUUCUUGUUUAGGCACUGUGUUUGAUGACAUUAACAAUUCUGGCUGCAUCCCCAUUUCGGAUUGUUACUGUACUUACAACGGCAAUUCUUACGCUCCUGGUACUUCUUUUGCCUCCCAAUGCAUUUCAUGUUCAUGCACAGGGGGGCAGUGGACUUGCACCAGCCUUUCAUGUCCUGGAGUCUGUUCUGUUGAAGGUGGCUCCCAUAUCGCCACUUUUGAUGAGAAACACUAUUCCUUUUUUGGGGACUGUAGCUAUAUGCUUACUAAGCUCUGUGAUAGCAACGCCUUUGCUGUUCUGGGAGAAAUUCAAAAGUGUGGCCUGACAGAAACUGAGACAUGCCUGAAAGGAUUAGCUAUAAACAUUGAUGGAGGACAGACAGUGAUUGUGAUCAAGUCUAAUGGAGCUGUGUAUGUGAAUAUGAUUCUCACUCAGCUGCCUAUCUCAGCAUCCAAUCUCACCAUCUUCAAGCCUUCUUCAUUCUACACUAUGGUAGACACAAAAUUUGGAUUCCAGCUAGUGAUACAAUUUAUCCCUAUAAUGCAACUGUUUAUAUACAUGGAUCCAAGCCGCAAAGGGCAGACAUGUGGCCUUUGUGGAAAUUUCAAUGGUAUCCAAACAGAUGACUUUAAAGCUGUCAGUGGGGUGACAGAAGGAACACCUGCUGCCUUUGCUAAUACCUGGAAAACACAGGCAGACUGUCCCAACGUCAAAAACAUAUUUGAAAACCCCUGUACUCUCAGCGUAGAAAAUGAAAAAUAUGCUUUACACUGGUGCGGUUUGCUGACUGACACUAAGGGACCCUUUCAGAAAUGCCACUCAAUAGUAAACCCAGAUGUUUACCAUACUAACUGCAUGUUUGACACCUGUAACUGUGAAAAGAGUGAGGACUGCAUGUGUGCUGCCCUCUCAGCCUAUGUCAGGGCAUGUGCUGCUAAAGGAGUAUUGCUAAGCGCAUGGAGGACUACUGUCUGUGCCAAAUUUCAAAUUUGUCCUGAAACCUGGACUUAUCAUUACAACAUUGAGACCUGUCAAGCCACCUGCAGAGCUCUCAGUGAGGUUGAUGUCACCUGCAAAAUCAAGUUCUCUCCAGUGGAUGGAUGCACCUGUGAAGAAGGGACAUACCUGGAUGACAAUGGCAAAUGUGUGCCUGCCUCUAAGUGUCCUUGUUACCACAAAGGAUCUGCCAUUCCAUCUGGAGAGGUGGUUCAUGACAAUGGCAUCAUGUGUACCUGUGUACAAGGCAAGCUUCAAUGCAUUGGGGAAGUGAAAUCACAAACAGAUUGUGUUGCUCCUAUGGUCUACUUUGAUUGUGACAAUGCCACAGCUAAUGCUCAUGGAGUUGAGUGUCAGAAGAGCUGCCAGACACUUGAUAUGGGCUGUUACAGUACACAGUGUGUCUCUGGUUGUGUAUGUCCUGAUCAGCUAGUGUCUGAUGGUACAGGCAAAUGUAUACCUGCAGAAGAAUGUCCAUGCAUUCACAAUGAAGCACAUAAACCAGGAGAAACUAUCAAAGAUAAAUGUAAUACUUGCACAUGCAAGAACCGAAAGUGGUUAUGCUCUAAUAAACCUUGUCUGGAAACUUGCUCAGUUUAUGGAGAUGGUCAUUAUACCACCUUUGAUGACAAACGAUAUGCCUUCAAUGGAUUGUGUGAAUACACACUGGUCCAGAAUCAGUGUAGUAAAAAUAAGACAAAUGUAGAAACUUUCCGGGUGAUCACAGAGAAUAUCCCUUGCGGUUCUACAGGGACUACCUGCUCAAAAGCCAUUAAGGUGUUCGCUGGGAACUAUGAGUUACUACUUACAGAUGGAACAUUUAAGGUGAUACCGAGACUUGCUGUUGAAGGCGAAGCGCCUUUCACGAUCCGAUACAUGGGCAUCUACAUGGUGAUUGAAAUUUUUAAUGGAAGCGUGACCGUAAUAUGGGAUAAGAAAACCAGUGUGUUCAUUAAACUCAAAGCAGACUUUAAGGGUGAGGUCUGUGGCCUUUGUGGAAACUAUGAUGGCAAUGACAUCAAUGAUUUCACCACCAGGAGCCAGUCAAUAGUAGGAGAUGUCCUGGUUGGUAACAGCUGGAAAGUUUCUCCCUCUUGUCCAGAUGCCUCAAGCACCAGGGAUCCAUGUUCUGCAAAUCCCUAUAGGAGUUCCUGGGCACAGAGGCAGUGUAGCAUCAUUAACAGCAAGACCUUUGAUCUCUGCCAUUCUCAGGUUGAACCAACUAAAUAUUAUGAAGCAUGUGUAUCUGAUGCCUGUGCUUGUGACACUGGAGGAGACUGUGAAUGCUUCUGUACAGCCGUAGCUGCAUAUGCACAGGCAUGUCAGGAGGCUGGUGUAUGCAUCUCUUGGAGAACUCCAUCUAUCUGUCCUUUAUUCUGUGAUUACUACAAUAAACACGGAGAGUGUGAAUGGCAUUAUCAACCUUGUGGUUCUUCUUGCAUGAAGACCUGUAGGAAUCCACACAAUUGUUCACUUGAAUUAGAACUAUUCAAGACUUGCUUAAGAAGAUGCUAUCCAAAAUGUCCAGAUGAUAAACCCUAUUUUAAUGAAGAUGAGAUGGACUGUGUCUCCGAUAAGUGUGGCUGCUUUGAUGAUAAGGGAAACUAUUAUAAACCAGGAGAAAAAUUGCCUUCAGAAAAGAGCUGUCAAUCAUGUUAUUGUUCAAUAGACAGUGAAGAGGACUGCAGAUAUGAUGAAAAUGAAUGCUACUGUAUCUAUGAAGGAAAGAUAAGCAAACCUGGAGAGAUCAUUUACAAUACAACUGAUGGCAUUGGAGGGUGCAUCACUGCAAUUUGCAGUCAAAAUGGCACAAUUGAGAGGAAUAUCUUUCCGUGUUCCACAACCCCUACCAGUAUUCCUACUUCUACUGUCUUUGUAUUUAACACCACUUCCACAGAAGUACUACUUCAGUGCAUCUGCUUAGCAGGUGCUGAGGUGCCCAUGACUACAGUCUGUGUUCAGGAAGUGUGUAAUUGGUCCACCUGGUAUGAUGGGAUGCAGCCUGGCUCGGGAAACAACGAUGGAGAUUUUGAAACUUUUGACAAUCUAAGGGUCAAAGGCUACCAAGUCUGCAAAAGUCCAAAAGCUGUUGAAUGUAGAGCAGAGAAAUUCCCCAAUACUCCAUUAACUACACUGGGCCAGAAGGUAGAAUGCAACAGAACACUUGGAUAUUGUAAUAAUAUGGACCAGCAUCCAGAAAUGUGCCACAAUUAUCAAAAAAUUCUAUGCUGUACCUUUGUACCAUGUGGCAAUUAUACUAAACCCUCCAUACCUGCAACUACCACUUCAGUUCAAACAACUACAGUACCAACUACAGCAAGUACCACUGCUUCACAUUGCCCACCACUACCCAGUUUACCCACACCAACAACAACUCUCACUACAACCACUCCACCAAAGACCACAUGUGCGCCUGUCACCUGCCAAUGGUCAGAAUGGUUUGAUUCUGACUUUCCCGUUCCUGGACCCGAAGGAGGAGACCUUGAAACUUACAGCAAUAUCCGAGCUGCGGGAGGGAAAUUCUGUGAAAAGCCUAAAUAAAAAUGCCAAGCUGAAAACCACCAAGACCUAACCAUUGAACAAGUUGGUCAAGUUGUAAAGUGUGAUGUCACAGUUGGAUUUACAUGCUACAAUAGGGACCAAACUGGAAAAUAUCAACUAUGCCUUAAUUAUAGGGUAAGCGUGCUUUGUUGUGAAGAAAACCCCGAAUGCAAAACAACACCCGUACCACCCACCUCAACAGUGAUAACCACCACCAGCAGUACCACCAAAGAAACAACUCCCACCAUAACAACUGUUAUUUCUCCCACUACUCCCAUAGUAACUACGACUUCUUUGCCCACCACUACCCAGUUUCCCACACCAACAACAACUCUCACUACAACCACUCCACCAAAGACCACAUGUGCGCCUGUCACCUGCCAAUGGUCAGAAUGGUUUGAUUCUGACUUUCCCGUUCCUGGACCCGAAGGAGGAGACCUUGAAACUUACAGCAAUAUCCGAGCUGCGGGAGGGAAAUUCUGUGAAAAGCCUAUAAAUAUAAAAUGCCAAGCUGAAAACCACCAAGACCUAACCAUUGCAAUAGGUCAAGUCGUAAAGUGUGAUGUCACAGAUGGAUUUACAUGCUACAAUAGGGACCAAACUGGAAAAUAUCAACUAUGCCUUAAUUAUAGGGUAAGCGUGCUUUGUUGUGAAGAAAACCCCGAAUGCAAAACAACACCCGUACCACCCACCUCAACAGUGAUAACCACCACCAGCAGUACCACCAAAGAAACAACUCCCACCAUAACUGUUAUUUCUCCCACUACUCCCAUUGUAACUACGACUGCUUUGCCCACCACUACCCAGUUACCCACACCAACAACAACUCUCACUACAACCACUCCACCAAAGACCACAUGUGCACCUGUCACCUGCCAAUGGUCAGAAUGGUUUGAUUCUGACUUUCCCGUUCCUGGACCCGAAGGAGGAGACCUUGAAACUUACAGCAAUAUCCGAGCUGCGGGAGGGAAAUUCUGUGAAAAGCCUAUAAAUAUAAAAUGCCAAGCUGAAAACCACCAAGACCUACCACCACUACCCAGUUACCCACACCAACAACAACUCUCAAUACAACCACUCCACCAAAGACCACAUGUGCGCCUGUCAACUGCCAAUGGUCAGAAUGGUUUGAUUCUGACUUUCCUGUUCCUGGACCCGAAGGAGGAGAUCUUGAAACUUACAGCAAUAUCCGAGCUGCGGGAGGGAAAUUCUGUGAAAGCCUAUAAUAUAAAAUGCCAAGCUGAAAACCACCAAGACCUAACCAUUGAACAAAUAGGUCAAGUCGUAAAGUGUGAUGUCACAGAUGGAUUUACAUGCUACAAUAGGGACCAAACUGGAAAAUAUCAACUAUGCCUUAAUUAUAGGGUAAGCGUGCUUUGUUGUGAAGAAAACCCCGAAUGCAAAACAACACCCGUACCACCCACCUCAACAGUGAUAACCACCACCAGCAGUACGACCAAAGAAACAACUCCCACCGUAACAACUGUUAUUUCUCCCACUACUCCCAUUGUAACUACGACUGCUUUGCCCACCACUACCCAGUUACCCACACCAACAACAACUCUCACUACAACCACUCCACCAAAGACCACAUGUGCGCCUGUCACCUGCCAAUGGUCAGAAUGGUUUGAUUCUGACUUUCCCGUUCCUGGACCCGAAGGAGGAGACCUUGAAACUUACAGCAAUAUCCGAGCUGCGGGAGGGAAAUUCUGUGAAAAGCCUAUAAAUAUAAAAUGCCAAGCUGAAAACCACCAAGACCUAACCAUUGAACAAGUUGGUCAAGUCGUAAAGUGUGAUGUCACAGAUGGAUUUACAUGCUACAAUAGGGACCAAACUGGAAAAUAUCAACUAUGCCUUAAUUAUAGGGUAAGCGUGCUUUGUUGUGAAGAAAACCCCGAAUGCAAAACAACACCCGUACCACCCACCUCAACAGUGAUAACCACCACCAGCAGUACCACCAAAGAAACAACUCCCACCAUAACAACUGUUAUUUCUCCCACUACUCCCAUAGUAACUACGACUUCUUUGCCCACCACUACCCAGUUUCCCACACCAACAACAACUCUCACUACAACCACUCCACCAAAGACCACAUGUGCGCCUGUCACCUGCCAAUGGUCAGAAUGGUUUGAUUCUGACUUUCCCGUUCCUGGACCCGAAGGAGGAGACCUUGAAACUUACAGCAAUAUCCGAGCUGCGGGAGGGAAAUUCUGUGAAAAGCCUAUAAAUAUAAAAUGCCAAGCUGAAAACCACCAAGACCUAACCAUUGAACAAAUAGGUCAAGUCGUAAAGUGUGAUGUCACAGAUGGAUUUACAUGCUACAAUAGGGACCAAACUGGAAAAUAUCAACUAUGUCUUAAUUAUAGGGUAAGCGUGCUUUGUUGUGAAGAAAACCCCGAAUGCAAAACAACACCCGUACCACCCACCUCAACAGUGAUAACCACCACCAGCAGUACCACCAAAGAAACAACUCCCACCAUAACAACUGUUAUUUCUCCCACUACUCCCAUUGUAACUACGACUGCUUUGCCCACCACUACCCAGUUACCCACACCAACAACAACUCUCACUACAACCACUCCACCAAAGACCACAUGUGCGCCUGUCACCUGCCAAUGGUCAGAAUGGUUUGAUUCUGACUUUCCCGUUCCUGGACCCGAAGGAGGAGACCUUGAAACUUACAGCAAUAUCCGAGCUGCGGGAGGGAAAUUCUGUGAAAAGCCUAUAAAUAUAAAAUGCCAAGCUGAAAACCACCAAGACCUAACCAUUGAACAAGUUGGUCAAGUCGUAAAGUGUGAUGUCACAGAUGGAUUUACAUGCUACAAUAGGGACCAAACUGGAAAAUAUCAACUAUGCCUUAAUUAUAGGGUAAGCGUGCUUUGUUGUGAAGAAAACCCCGAAUGCAAAACAACACCCGUACCACCACCCUCAACAGUGAUAACCACCACCAGCAGUACCACCAAAGAAACAACUCCCACCAUAACAACAGUUAUUUCUCCCACUACUCCCAUAGUAACUACGACUGCUUUGCCCACCACUACCCAGUUACCCACACCAACAACAACUCUCACUACAACCACUCCACCAAAGACCACAUGUGCGCCUGUCACCUGCCAAUGGUCAGAAUGGUUUGAUUCUGACUUUCCCGUUCCUGGACCCGAAGGAGGAGAUCUUGAAACUUACAGCAAUAUCCGAGCUGCGGGAGGGAAAUUCUGUGAAAAGCCUAUAAAUAUAAAAUGCCAAGCGGAAAACCACCAAGACCUAACCAUUGAACAAGUUGGUCAAGUCGUAAAGUGUGAUGUCACAGUUGGAUUUACAUGCUACAAUAGGGACCAAACUGGAAAAUAUCAACUAUGCCUUAAUUAUAGGGUAAGCGUGCUUUGUUGUGAAGAAAACCCCGAAUGCAAAACAACACCCGUACCACCCACCUCAACAGUGAUAACCACCACCAGCAGUACCACCAAAGAAACAACUCCCACCGUAACAACUGUUAUUUCUCCCACUACUCCCAUAGUAACUACGACUGCUUUGCCCACCACUACCCAGUUGCCCACACCAACAACAACUCUCACUACAACCACUCCACCAAAGACCACAUGUGCGCCUGUCACCUGCCAAUGGUCAGAAUGGUUUGAUUCUGACUUUCCCGUUCCUGGACCCGAAGGAGGAGACCUUGAAACUUACAGCAAUAUCCGAGCUGCGGGAGGGAAAUUCUGUGAAAAGCCUAUAAAUAUAAAAUGCCAAGCGGAAAACCACCAAGACCUAACCAUUGAACAAGUUGGUCAAGUCGUAAAGUGUGAUGUCACAGUUGGAUUUACAUGCUACAAUAGGGACCAAACUGGAAAAUAUCAACUAUGCCUUAAUUAUAGGGUAAGCGUGCUUUGUUGUGAAGAAAACCCCGAAUGCAUAACAACAACCAUACCACCCACCUCCACUUCCAGCUCAACCCCCCCAGUUUCAACCACAACGGCCUUUGGAACAAUGACACAGAAAUUGAUAACCACAACCAUACCUCAACCCACUUCAAGUAUUACAUCUUCAACCACCACCGUAGGCAGCAGCACAAGUCAUUGCUUUUGCCAAAUUGGGGAAAAUAUUUAUAUGCCUGGUGAAAUUAUUUAUAAGCAAACCGACAGCGAUGGCUGCCUUUAUUUCGCCAUUUGUGGUAGCACAUGUUCCGUUGAAAGAUAUAAAGGGCCAUGUCUAUCAACUACACCCAAACCCACCUCAACUCCCACAAUUGUCUCCACCACUCCUACUACCAGUACUGCUGGUACUACUCCACCACCAGGCUGUCCUGAUGCUGUUCCACCCCGAGAGGAGGGUGAGACAUGGAUAGAAAAUUGCACCAAAGCAACUUGUUUAGGAAACAACAAUAUUAUGAUAAGCAAAGUGGAGUGUCCACCAGUACAGAAUAUUGUUUGUGAAAAUGGCUACCUACCAGUAAAGAUUCUCUCACAGGAUGGAUGUUGUUAUCACUAUGAAUGUGAAUGUAUUUGUAGUGGCUGGGGUGAUCCUCACUUUAUCACAUUUGAUGGAGUCUACUACACUUUCUUGGACAAUUGUACUUAUGUAUUGGUGCAGGAAAUUAUACCAAAAUAUAACAACUUUAAAAUCCUUCUUGAUAAUUACUACUGUGACACAGAAGAUCAACUUUCCUGUCACCAGUCUAUUAUUAUAUACUACAAAUCUUCAGUCAUUGUGUUAACUCGCCAACAGUUUAAUGGGAUAGACAUUAACAAGAUCUAUUUCAAUGGGAAACUCAUCAAGUCAAGUUUCCAGAAAGAUGACAUUUAUAUCUAUACAAUUGGUAUUAAUACGGUGGUUGAAAUUUCUGAAAUGGAUACUAUUGUCACCUAUAGUGGUGUAAUCUUCGCUAUAAAGCUUCCAUUCAGCAAAUUUUACAACAAUACUGAAGGACAAUGUGGUACUUGCACUAACAAUAAAAGAGAUGAAUGUCGCUUACCAAAUGGUGAAGUAACAGAUUGCACCCAAAUGGCUGCACAUUGGAAAGUGGCUGAUCCCAACAAGGAUUACUGCUUUGGACCAACACCACCUGUACCAUCUCAAAUUUCAACACCUUCACCGGAAAUAUGUAGUGCAGCUCCUCUCUGUUCCCUUAUUUUUAAUGACAUCUUCUCUGAGUGCCAUAAGAUCAUACCCCCGGAUUCCUACUUCCAAGGCUGCCUCUAUGAUGCUUGCCGUAUGAAAAAUGUCUCCAUGCAAUGUUCAGGAUUAGAGAUAUAUGCUUCUCUCUGUGCCUCUAAAGGUGUUUGUAUCGACUGGCGAGGGAAGACCAAUGAUGAAUGCCCCUUUAGCUGCCCUACAGAUAAAGUAUACUAUCCAUGUGGCCCCAUCCAUCCUCCUACCUGUGAUAACAGUGGUCCUCCACAGAUUGGAAUAACAGAAGGUUGCUUCUGUAAAAAUGGAACCAAACUCUUCAGUACCUACAGAGAUAUCUGUGUCUCUGAUUGUGGUUGUACUGGACCAGAUGGGCUACCCAAAGUGCCUGGAGAAACCUGGAUUAGCAACUGCCAGAAAUGUACUUGUGAAGAAUAUUCUCUUAUGGUACAAUGUAUUGAAGAACCAUGUCCUACCAAAGCUACUCCUGUGGAAUGUUCCUAUAAAGGGUUUGUACCCAUCACAAUAUUAACCCCUGAAGAAAAGUGCUGCCCUCAAAAACAGUGUGUGUGCAACACUACUCACUGUCCCUGGUCUGUUGAAACCUGUCCACUGGGAUAUGAAUUAAAGACGGAAAACUUGCCAGGAGGCUGCUGCAUUAACACCACUUGUGUGAAAGUACCAGGCUGUGUUGUCGAUGGAAAGUUCUACAGUCCUGGGGCAGUUGUACCAGGAGGAUUAUGUGACUCAUGCAGAUGCUCUGAAAAAGAAGGUCUGGAAAACAAUGUGGAAUGUGUGUCUCAGACAUGCGACCGAAGAUGCCUUCUGGGUUACGAAUAUCGGGAAGUAUCUGGACAAUGCUGUGGCCAAUGUGCGCAGGUUGCUUGUGUUCUGACAUUGGAUUCCUCUCCUGCCCAAGUGAUCAAGCCAGGAGAAACGUGGUACCCACCAGGAAACAAUUGUACUUCAUAUGAAUGUGAUCUUGUUGAGAACCAAUAUGUUCUUGUCACUACCAAGAAAGCCUGCCCUCCAUUUGAUCCAAAUUGCCCGCCUGAGUAUGUGACAUUCACUAAUGAUGGGUGCUGCAAGAGCUGCAGAACUGAAAACUGUACAGCAACAAAUAUCACCAAAAUAAUAAAACACAAUGGCUGUGAAUCUUCUUCACCUAUUGUAGUAACAUACUGUGAAGGCCAAUGUGACAGUUUUUCAAAGUACUCGUAUAAAGCAAACAUGAUGGAUCAUACAUGCACGUGUUGUCAAGAGCGAAAGACUACAAAGAAGCAAGUGACCUUGAUUUGCGACGGUGGUAUCACCAUGGAUUAUUCUUACCUGCAUGUUGACGAGUGUGAGUGUGUCAAGAGUGAGUGCAAUAUGUUCACUCCCGCACCAGAUCAGCAAGAAAUGUUCACCUUCCCACCACAGCAGCAGCCGCAGCAAGAACAGCAGCAACAGCAGCAGCUGGAUCAGCAACAGCAGCUGGAUCAGCAACAGCAUGAAAUCAAUAGAACAUGCAAGCAAGAUGUGCUGUUUGUGAUUGGAAACUGGAGUGCCAAAGUUGGAAAUAUGAAAGAGGAAAAUAUAGUUGGAUUGUGUGGCUUAGGAAAUCAAAACGAAGCAGGAGGCUGA